GUCGUCUUAACCUAGAAAAUUUAAACUAGAGUCUGGAAUUUGGAAAUUAAAAACAAUUAAAUUGUACUGAUAAACACGAUUUAUUAUACAAUCUUAAAAAAGAGGCACUAGUAAAAAACAGUUGCAAUCAUUCAUAGCAACUAUGUUAAAGGGUAUGGUCAGCUUGGUUACUGGAGGAGCUUCAGGUCUUGGUAAAGCUACAGUAGAGACCUUAAUUAAAAAUGGUGGAAAAGUAGUCAUAUUAGAUAUUCAAGGGACAAGAGCAGAAGAAGUUGCAAAGUCUCUUGGUGAAAACGUUAUAGCCUCUAAGGGCUGCGUGUCUUCAGAAGAAGAUGUAAAAAAGGCGUUGAACGUAGUAAUGUCCAAGUUUGGACGACUGGACAAUUUAAUUAAUUGCGCAGGAUAUUCGCAGUGCCAUCAAGUUUAUAAUUUCUAUAAAGAUAGACCAUCAGACUUAGAGCAUUUUGCUAAAUGUGUAAAUGUAAAUGCAAUAGGCACAUUCAAUACAAUUCGUCUAUCAGUUGCUCUGAUGGGCAAAAACAAGCCCUCGGAGAGUGGCCAAAGAGGUGUUAUCGUAAAUACAGCAUCUGCAAUCGCAAUGGAGGGUGAUAUCGGGCAAGCGGCGUAUGCUGCGUCCACAGCUGCUAUAAUCGGAAUGACUCUGCCAAUAGCCAGGGACCUGGCAUCGCAGGGGAUAAGAAAUGUCACUAUUGCACCUGGAAUAUUUGAUACGCCGUUAGUAUCAUAUCUGCCAGAGAAGAUGAUAGAGUUCAUCAAAAGAAUGACACCUUUUCCAUCAAGGUUGGGUAAGCCGGAGGAAUUCGCCCAUCUUGUAACAAGCAUUAUUGAAAACCCAAUGUUAAAUGGUGAAGUUAUAAGAUUAGACGGUGCGCAGAGAUGGUUCCCGCUUUAGUUAAUAUGUGCAAUGAAUUAGUGUAGAUAAUAAGACUGUUAUUAAAUAUUAAUCAUA